GGCGCUGCAGGCGCAGACGGGAGUUUUACCUGGAAUGACAUAAGUUGGUUGAUUUCCGCCCUCUUUUUUUUUUUCAAAUACGAAUUUUAAACCUCGGUUGGGUCCAACGCUCGAUCCUCUCUCCCCGACGCCUCCCAGCCGCGGUCGGCGAUGUGACAGCCGGGGACAACCCUCCAGCCGGUCCUCCUUGCGGAGAGCUGUCACCAAGGAGGUUCAACCAAGUGGACUUCUACGCUUCCAGUUGAACGGAAAAAAGGAUUGCUUUUUCAUUUUUUAGCCGCCGCCUCGGGGUCCGUUGCAAGAUCUUUCCAGGGCUUGCCCGUCUCCCUCAGGAUUUAACCCCAGAUUUCCUCCGAAUUCACCUUAUUCGUCGCUACUCUUUCCUAAUCGGCCGCUUUCUAGAGCGGACCCGGAGGGACUUGCUCCUCCGGCCAUCGCGCGUCGAAACGGAGGUAGAAAAAUGAAGAUAUGGAGACCAAAGGCUAUCGCAGCUAUUCAGAAAGCCUAGAUAUGGAGAAACGCUGGAGUCAAGGUUCGCAGUCUAUGGACUACACUCCUGCAGGAGCAGAAGAGCAGUCCGAAGAGAGUAGUAACUAUAUGGAGAUCAUAAAUGUGAGCUGUGUUUCUGGUGCUUUUCCAAAUGCCAGUUCUCAAGGAAGCAACAAAGAAAAACCUGAGCUAAUUUCUUGUCUUCAGCCAGAUCAUAGUCAGCCUGGUAUUUUAACCUCUGACAUAAAAACUGAGUUAGACUCCAAGGAACUUUCUGCAACGGUAGCUGAAUCAAUGGGUUUAUACAUGGAUUCUGUAAGAGAUGCUGACUUUACCUAUGAUCAGCAAAGUCAACAAGGAAGCUUAACUUCUGGAAAGAUAUAUCAAAAUGUUGAACAACUAGUAAAACUGUAUAAGGACAAUGGCCAUCAUACCUCUCCCUUGAACACCCCAAGUAGGUCCUUGAGACCUUUAAUAUCAGACUGUUCAAGCUCUGUGAAUGGUGGCAUUGUGCCAUCUAUCAUCAAAAGUCCUAGAGUGUGUCAAGAGAAGAAUCCUUCUGAUUGUAGUCCUCAAAGCAUGACUCCUUCAGUAUGCAGCCCUCCUGGAAUUAGUUCUGUAUCCUCAACUACUCCUACUAACUUUGCAAAUUUCACCGUAAAUAGUCCAGUAAACCAGGGAACACCUUUGCCAUGCUCACCCAACAUUGAAAACCGAGGUUCAAUGUUGCACAGUCCUCCACAUACUAGCAAUGUGGGAUCUCCUCUUUCUAGUCCUAUAAGUAGCAUGAAAUCACCUAUUUCAAGUCCUCCUAGUCACUGUAGUGUGAAAUCUCCAGUUUCAAGCCCGAAUAACAUUACAAUGAGAUCUUCAGUAUCCAGUCCUGCAAAUAUGAACUCAAGGUGCUCUAUUGCCAGCCCUUCCAAUGCCAACAAUAGAUCCACUCUUUCUAGUCCUGCAGUAAGCACUGUGGGGUCUUCAAUGUGUAGUCCUGUAAAUGGUGCAGUAACCUUUCCUGCAACUAGUAAAGCGGUUGGACCUGGUGCAGCUCAAGACAUGGUUCCUAGUCCAGAUUCAAAAGAGAAUAAAGGUGCUUCAGAAAUUCUAUUUCCUAAAAUAGAGGAAAUAGAAAAUGCCAUCCCUACCAGUGAAGUAGCUAAUCAGAUGAAUAUUGCUCAGUUUAUAAAACCUGAACCAGAAGGGAUAUUUAGUAGCUCAUGUCUUGGAGAAAAUAACAAAAUCAAUUCCGAUUCCCCAUUUUCAGUAUCAAUAAAGCAAGAAUCAGCUAAACAUUCUUGUUCUGGUGCUUCUUUUAAAGGGAAUCACACUGAAAAUCCCUUUCCAUUUAUGGAUGGAUCAUAUUUUUCUUUCAUGGAUGAUAAAGACUACUACUCUCUUUCUGGGAUUUUAGGACCACCUGUUUCAUCAUUUGAUGGCACAUGUGAAGCUAGUGGGUUUCCAAAUUCAGGUCUGUCUAUAGGAAUUAAACAGGAGCCUGAGGAGAACAACUAUUAUCAAGAGAGUACUCUACCAUCUUCUGCCAUUGUUGGGGUGAAUUCUGGUGGACAAUCAUUUCACUAUAGGAUUGGCGCUCAAGGCAGAAUAGCUUUAUCACGGCCAGUUGGUAGAGAGGCGCCUUUUCAGCAUAUGAGCUCAUUUCCUCUAGUGGAGUCAUGGAAAUCACAUUCUGAAUUGUCUGGAAGAAGAAAUGAUGGGUAUCCAGUUCUAGAAUACAUUCCAGAAAACAUGUCAAGUUCCUCAUUGAGAAGUGUUUCAACUGGAUCCUCAAGACCUUCUAAAGUAUGUUUGGUGUGUGGAGAUGAAGCAUCUGGAUGCCAUUAUGGAGUAGUUACCUGUGGCAGUUGCAAAGUCUUCUUUAAGAGAGCAGUGGAAGGUAAAUCCUCAUGGCAGCACAAUUAUUUAUGUGCGGGACGGAAUGACUGUAUAAUUGAUAAAAUUCGAAGAAAAAACUGUCCAGCUUGCAGAUUACAGAAGUGUCUUCAAGCUGGAAUGAAUUUGGGAGCCCGGAAGUCGAAAAAGUUGGGCAAGUUAAAAGGAAUCCAUGAAGAGCCGGCACCACAGCAGCAGCAGCAGCCGCCACCACAAAGCCCAGAAGAAGGGAUGACAUAUAUUGCUCCAGCAAAAGAACCUUCUGUAAACACAGCACUUGUUCCUCACUUAUCUGCAGUUUCACCAGCACUUACUCCCUCGCCUGCUAUGGUUCUAGAGAACAUUGAACCUGAAAUUGUAUAUGCAGGAUAUGAUAGCUCAAAGCCAGACACAGCUGAACACCUGCUCUCCACUUUAAAUCGUCUUGCUGGCAAGCAGAUGAUUCAGGUGGUAAAAUGGGCAAAGAUCCUCCCAGGAUUUAGAAACUUGCCUCUUGAGGACCAAAUUACUUUAAUACAGUAUUCUUGGAUGUGUUUAUCGUCAUUUGCCUUGAGCUGGAGAUCUUACAGACAUACGAACAGCCAGUUUCUUUAUUUUGCUCCUGACUUGGUCUUUAAUGAGGAAAGGAUGCGGCAGUCUGCAAUGUUUGAAUUAUGCCAAGGAAUGCACCAGAUCAGCCUUCAAUUUGUUCGUUUGCAGCUUAGCUUUGAAGAAUACACUAUAAUGAAAGUUUUGUUGCUGUUAAGCACAGUUCCCAAGGAUGGCCUCAAGAGCCAAGCUGCAUUUGAAGAAAUGAGGGCAAAUUAUAUUAAAGAACUUAGAAAAAUGGUAACUAAGCAUCCAAACAAUUCUGGGCAAAGUUGGCAGCGAUUUUAUCAACUGACAAAGCUCCUGGACUCUAUUCAUGAUCUUGUUAGUGAUUUGCUGGAAUUUUGUUUCUACACCUUCCGAGAGUCUCAAGCUCUCAAAGUGGAGUUUCCAGCCAUGCUGGUAGAAAUCAUCAGUGACCAGUUACCCAAAGUGGAAUCUGGGAACGCCAAGCCCCUCUACUUCCACCGGAAGUGACAGAACAUGUCUUAAUGGAAAAAAGAAAAAGAAAAACUUUGCCUUAAGUUCCCCUGUGCUAUUCCACACCCAUGAAGGACUCAAGAAGCCACAUUUAAAAUGUGCUAUCCAAAAUUGUUCAACAGUGUCUCAGUAGUCUAAAGACGAUAUGAAGGUUUGGAGGAUGGAAAAACAAGCAUCUUAUCUGAGCUUGGUAAGACAAAAUAGCCAAGAUAUUUAGGAACAUCAGGCCAUCCCAAAUACUCCCAGCAUUUAGAAAAAUGAAAUAUUCCUGUUCCUCUGGAUGAAAAGCCAUAUCUAGUCAAAUAACUCCUUGAUUUUGAUAUAUUAACAGAAGAACAUUUUAAAUAUGUCAUGUAGUUUCUGGUAUUGUUUGCUUGUUUUAAAAGGGUUUAAGAACUAUUAUGAACUUUAAAAAGCUUACCAUUGGUUUGCACAUAAAUAAAGUCAAUAUGGGGCAUUAAUUCUUGUACUAUACACAAACACACACAUACGGAGAAACGAAAUCAAAUUCCUGGAUAUGUAAAAUAGGUAAUGGAACAUUUUGGUGUGGAAUAAUAUUGGUAUAUUCACUUGUGGCAUUUGUUAUCCCAUGUUAUCCAUCAUAGAUGAUCUACACUGUGUUAAGUGUUCAUUUAUUAUUUAACUUGAAAGGAUAAGAUGUUAGAACAAAUGCCUCAGUUUCAAUUUAUAGUAUAUUGUGCUGGCUUUACCAAUAAUUUUUUGCAGUCUUUUGCUGUACUGUACAAUGCUGUAUGUAUAAAUUGAAGGACCUGAAACAAAUGGUAUAAGGAACUUUUGUAAAUGAGACCUAAAAUCUUUAAUGGUUAAUAGGAUGAAUGGGAAAGUAUUUUUGGAAGAAUUCUAUUUUGCUGGAGACUAUUUAAUUACUCUUUUUGUCUAAACACAAGGUUUUUUUUCUUUUUCUUUUUGUAAAGUGAAUUGUUCUGCAUGCAUAAUGAACCGUUUACAGUGUAUUUAAGAAAGGGAAAGCUGUGCCUUUUUAGCAUCAUAUCUAAUUUACUAUCUUACAUUGUCUGUUGUAAAUAACCACCCAUAAUUGUUUCCAGUUGUUCUUUUUUCCAUCCAACUUCCUCAGCAUUUGUCUACUACUUUUACAUCCUUUGAGCACAGUGAGUCUGCUUCAGGCCUCUCGCUGUGUUUGCAGCUUUAUACACAUUUUAUCUAACAAGACAAAUUUCAAAGGACAGAAUCCACCAAUAUGUUGUUCUCUACAUGUUCUAUUGAAGCUAAUAAAGCUGUGCAGAUAAUAUGGUUCUCAUUUCAGUGGAGCCUGCUUAAGUCAGCUCUAUGGUGAAUUGUGCCCAGUUUUUUCAAAGACUGUCAUCCCAGGAUCAAAUUAGAUUCUGCUCCAUAGCAUGUUCAAUCCGAAGGCCCUGGUCCUGAACACAGGCAAACCCAAACAAAAUCUUCAUACCCAUUGCCCCCUGAGCAAGUCUCAUUAACAGUGCAAAGACCUUCAGAGUAUAUUGAUCUACUCAUUUUGGGGUUGUUUAAUUUUAUGUCAAAAUUGUGGCUAAAGAACUAUUUUUCCUUCCUUUUAAAACUGGGAUUGAUGUAUAUUGCCAAAAAUGUGGACAAUAAAUCUGAAUAUAAAGGUGGAAAUAAAAAAUAUCCCACAUCCUAGACACAUUUGGAAUGAUACAAGACUAGGUGCUAUUGAUUCUACUGAUUUUUAGAUUAGUGCCUCAGUAACUGUGUAUAGGAUUGCAAUCUAUAUUAGUACAAAAUAUAGUGCUAUUCUUAAAAUGAACCCUAAAAUAUAAACUUUCAAAAUCUGGAUUUAUCUUAAAACUAUAUUACUGGCUGACUUUCUUUCUUGGGGUGAUAAUUAUUAUUAUAUAUCAUAUGAAUAAUUUAAAUAUGGAGCAUAAUUAUUAAACAAACCUUAUGAUAAUUGAUAUUACAUACGAUAAUUGUCAGUUACUGUUCUCUAAGCCAAUGCUUCUUUAAUUUGAGGAAAAAUAAAGGAUCUCUUAGGCUGAAAUCCUAUGUACAAUUAUUUGAGCAUAAGUCCCAGUGGAAUUACUUCUCAGUAACCAUGCUUAGCACUGUGUUAUAAAUAACCAAAGCUGGGAUCCAAAAGUUUUUUUUUAGGCGUGCCUAAAGUUUGGGUGUGUUCCUUGGAACCUUCUGCGUUCAGCAGCAAAUCUCCUAAUGUCCAAACUACUUUUAAAAGUAUUCUGUUUCAAAAGCAGUUAUGCAGCAUGAAUAGAAGCCUGAGUAAUUCCUUGGAUUCUACCAUUAUUUUCAUUAUUAUUUUCUCAACGAUCAAAUGUACAUCAAGUUUCUGAAAGUGAUAUAGGUAUUUGCAUUUCCAUCUUGCAUCCACAAAAUUUAGCUAAAUCCAUACUAUGCAAGUGGACUUCUACUCAAACCAGUUUUCUGUGCACACACACUUAUCCCCAAAUCUCCUCUAAGGAUGCCCACCCAUCUGACAGUUUUGGGAGGAGUAUAGGGGAAGGGAGAAUCUGAUCUGCCAGUAUUGUUAAUUCAAGUGGUAGACAAGCAGAACUGAAUUCAAUUCAAGAUGAUAUUUUUGAGCCAUACAGUGUUCUGAAUGGGAAUCUAUGGAAACAGAAGAAUCACAAUAUAAAUUACACAGCCAUAUAUUGGGUUGGAUCUUGACAAUACUAGCUGAACUUAAUUCCAGCUGAAAUGAAUGGAAUUUAAAUAAAUUCAUUUGCAGUUUUGAAAAUAAAAUCUUUGGACUGCACAGCAAUAUGAAACUACAUUUCUACAGUGACAAAAAUAUAUAGCAUGCAACAUGAUUGUUUAUAGUGGUCACAAAUAUCCUUUUUAUUUUUAUUUUUUAAAAAAAACAAAUUGGAGUUUCAAAUUAUCCAGGUCUUUGGUAAAUGAUGCAGAUGUUUUUUUAUUAGCAAAGUUACUGAAUAUUUUUCUAUCUCCAAGUAACUUUGCUUGAUUAAAAUAUUAAAGCCAUAUUAUUUUCUUUAUUUUUUAAUCCACUGGUAGAUGUCCAUUGUCUGGUUACUCUUUAUUUUUUGUACCUUAUUGCAUUUAAUUGUAAUACAAUUCAUAAAUCUCAGAACUGUCAUGAAUAAAACACUAAAUUAGUUUUAAAAGAAUUUAUAUCUUUAUGCAAAAUAGCUGUCUUUGCAAAAAAAAAGUAUGCAGAUUAUAAUAAAUCCUUUAAUUACCUGUUCAUGAAACCAUUGAUUAUUGCUUAGAAAUCAUUAAAAUGAACUUCAAAUAAAAGGAAAGUAUCAGGAGUACAUUAUACUUCAGAAGGAAAUAGAUAUUUGUCUCCUGCAAAAUAAGAUAAACAACUUCAAAAUGUGAAAAUAAUUGUGUUGAUUGAGUGUAAUGAUUUUGUGGCAAUGACUGAAAUUAUACAGCAAGAACAUUGUAUUCAUAUAAAUGUAAAAUAGUUUUAAUUUACUGCAGUGGGUAUUUCAAGAAUAAUAUUGCAUUGCAGUGUGUAACCAUUCUGUUGCACAGAACAAAACUGAAAAAGGACUAAAAGCUUGCAAUAUCAAAAUCUUAAAUAAAAUAUACUUUAUAAUCAAUAAUGCAAAAAUCUAAUUCACAGGGUGGUAUUUUCACUGACUUUUAGAAACCUUUCUGAAUUUAAACCAUUCUACAUUUAAUGCACUUUUAAUUGUCUAUUAAAGAUGUGACAUUUUUGAUAGAGGGGAGGACGGAAGGAAGGAAGGGUGCAAUUUUAUCUGGCAGAUGACUAACUUGUUUGGCAGCAGUUAUAAUGCCAGGAUUCUCAGAGUAAUGUUUCAAAGUUCAUAGAGUUGAAGAGCACAUUCCACUGGGAACUUAGCACUUGUGCAAGGGAAGUUCUUUGUGGUUGUGUCCGACUAUUACUGGAUGAAAAAUAAAAAGCAGCCAGCACUACAGUAUAAAACAGCAACAUCUAUGCAUAAUGAUGCAUUAAUAAUUAGGAGCUUGCUUCUGUAUGUUUAAACCUUUUGAAUAAAUACAAAAUUACUGUUUGGCCUUUAUGUUAUUGUCUUUAAGUACAUAAUUUUUAUAAGUUGUAUAAAUAUACACAAAUUAAAAUGGUGUGAUCAUAGCAA